AUGGCGGGCGCUACCGAGCCAAGCGGGACACCUGCGCUGUGCGACCCCGCGGAACUCUCAGGCGCGAGUGGCUGGCGCUGCAGCGAGCACAGCGACCGCUUGGCCGAACUCUACUGCCGCCGCUGCCGCCGCUGCGUGUGCACCCUGUGCCCAGUGCUGGGCGCGCAUCGCGGCCACCGGGUGGGCCUGGCGCAGGAUGAAGCGGCGCACGUGCAGAAUCUUACCCAAGAAUAUUUAAGGCAGUUGGCAACCAAGAAGCUACAGCAAGAUGGCAACAUAACCCAGAUAGAAGAGGCCAUUGACAAGCUCGAGGCUCAUGCAGAAUCAAGUAAAACCUGGCUGACCUCGAAGUUUACUGAACUCAGACAACUGCUUGAUGAAGAAGAAGUGCUGGCCAAGGAAUUCAUUCAUAAAAACACAGAGCUGGCCCUCCAGGAGUACAGGGACCGAAUAGUCUCUUGUGGGAAGCAAAUUGAUGCCAUCAAUGGCCUCUCCAGCAGGGUCUGGUGUAUCAGCCAGGAGCCCGAUCCAAUACUGCUGCUGCAGAAGUACACAGCCACUGAGCGGGAGCUGCAGCAGCAGAUGAGUCUGGGCCAGCUGUGCUACCCCGAGCCCAUCUCCUUUGAGCCCGUCAAGUGCUUCUUCAAGGGCCUAGUGGAAACCAUGCAAAGCAUGUUACAGACGCCACUGGAAGUCCGCCUGAAGGAGAACCUGAACUGCCAGCUCUUGGGGUCCUCCAGCGCCAAGACAGGCUCCCUUUUGAAAACAAGUCCUCCUCCAGAGCGCCAGCUCUUCUUAAAAUCCGACCGCCUGUCUGUGCGCCUCGGGCUGCUGAGCUUCCUGGGGCCGCAGGCCGCGCUGCGCUUCAACAAAUUGUGGCAGGUGCUGGGUAGCGACUGCUUCGCCGCUGGCCGCCACUACUGGGAAGUGGACCUGCAGGAGGCAGGCAUCGGCUGGUGGGUGGGUGUGGCUUACACCUCCCUGCGACGCCACGGGGAUGCAGCCCCUGCCCGCCUGGGCUGCAACCGCCAGUCCUGGUGCGUCAAGCGCUAUGACCUCGAGUACUGGGCCUUCCAUGAUGGCCAGCGCAGCCGGUUGCAGCCCCACCAGGACCCGGAUCGGCUCGGCGUCUUUCUGGAUUACGAGGCUGGCAUCCUCUCCUUCUACGACGUGACGGGCAGCAUGAACCACCUGCACACCUUCCGCGCCUCCUUCCAGGAACCCCUGCACCCAGCGCUGCGGCUGUGGGAAGGGACCAUCAGCAUCACCCGGCUGCCUUAGGGGCCGGAGGGACUGGAGUGAGGCCUCGAACCCUUCGCUGCUCUGAACUCAGCAGACCCAGCCAUGGCUGGCCGACUACUUUCUGUGUCCCUCUCCUUCACCCGCUCUGCGGCACCCCCAUGCCGUCUUGAACAGUUUCCCGUCCUAGGCUAGUUUCAGAUGUGCCCUCCACACAGCUCUUUUGCGGCCGCUUGCUGAUGGGCCUCCCCACCGGGACCAGCACCGGAGCACCUAACUGCAUGGCCUGUAGUCCAGAUUCCUGAAAAACCUCAGUCCAAGCGCACCUGACCAUAUCAGAACCCAUGUGCUCUGCCUUGGGCCUUCUCCCUUAACGCAGCACAGUACCGUUGGUACGUAUCACGCACACAGUACACAGGUGGCUGAGAGAAUCACCUAAUCCUGCGCCUUCUUCCUGUUUCUUGGAUCUGCCUCUUCCAUUCCACUUCAGCAUGUCCUUGUCACUUCACAGCCUCUUAAGCCUCUUGACCUGAACCUUCACACCUUCUCAAUCUUCACCCUAAAGCCAGAUCUGCCUGAAACAAUCUCUCAACGCUCAAGGGGAACCCAAGGGAUAGCAAGGUGAGAAAGCAUGCACCUUAUCCCGGCAUUCAAGUCUUUUCUAGUCUGCCCCCAGCUCCCUAACCUCAUCUUGCUCUUAUUGCUCCUUUCAGAGACUGGCUGAUCAGAAUCGUGUCUCACACAGCCCCAUCUCCACCCCUUUUCUUUGCACUAUCCCCUGGCCAUGCCCUCCGGCUUCUCUCCACUCCCCCCUCCACAUUUAUUUCGUUGCCUGCCUCAGUCUUCCCCAGGCGUAAGGCACUAGGAAGCCUUCCCAAGCCACACGAAUCUUCCUCGCUGUCAGAGUCACAAAUCGGGGGCCUGUCUUUCCUACUAGAUUAGAAGCUUCCUUAGGCACCCAUUAGAUACUAUGGUACCCUCUCCCACCCUGGAAAUUUCCUGAAGUCCCUUUCAACCCAGGCAGUGAGUGAGUGACCAGCAGUGGUCUCUCUUUGACUCACAGAACAGCUAAGCCUCACAGGAGGGCCUCAGAGAUGACCCAUCCUGACCUCAUUAUACACCUGGGAGACAAAGGCCCUGAAAAAAAGAGUUGAUUUAAGUCACUUGUGGUGAGUUAGGGGCUGUACCACGCCCAGUCUCCUCAGAAGUCUGAUGAGCCUUUCAGGUCCAAGAUUGUCCUGCUUAUUUCUCAGGGGACAUUGGGAAGAAAUCAGCAGGUGACAGUUGCUAAGCAACAGAUUUUCAAUGGCCUUGGAAUCAAAAGGAGAGGAGCCAUGGGUAGGGUUUGGGCAGCCCAGACUUCCUCUUGCUCCUCAAAGCCCUCAGACCUGGAUAUUACAAAACAAAACAAAACAAAACAAAACAAAAUAAAACAGAGAGCCUCAUUUUCCAAAAAGAAGUGACAGAAAUAGAAGUCCAAACAGUAGCAGCUUACCAGGUAGCCAGCUCCCCUACCAAGCAGGGAAGGCUUUUCAGGAUCUGUGCCUCAGUUCUGAAGAUUGAGCAUCUCAACUUGUCAAAAUCUCGGCAGUUUUGAUGUGAUGCUGUGUUAAAGCAUCUUUAUAGGUGAAGCAGUGGGUGAGGAAAAUCCCCCUCAUGGCCUAAACCAACUCAAGGUGCAUCCAUAGCUUGAACUACUAAAACUGCCAAUUUCUAAUCAUUUUUGACCUAAAAAUGGUCCUUUCAUAUGGAGCCGUGUAACACCAGUUGAAAAGGAAUACUCAAAAAUGCCUUUGGUUCUAAACUGCUGAAUAGAUGCUUAAACACUGUGCUCCAAGAAUCCUGAGAAAAAGAAAAGUAAUUCUACUGGUGAUGGCUCAGAGCUGAAUUCUGAUGGCAGAACAGUCCUGACCGAGGCAGCUAGGUACACUUGACCUCAUGUCUCUCUCUAUUCCUCAAAACCAACAGUUGUUCGCUCAGUCGCAGAGCCUAAGUAAUAUGAGCACUUCCUCUCACCUCAGCCCUGGGAGGUAGGUUAUUCCAGCUCAACACAUGGCAAAAGUGAGACUCAGAAUGAGUGACCUGACCAAGGUCACACAACUAAAGGGGAAGCUGGGGUCCGGGUACAUGACCGCCAGGCAGUACUGUCGUGAAUGCAGCCGGACUGGUCAGCCCCUGCUCACCCUGACCCCUUGCUCCUCGACAGGCCUGCCAUGCAGUGUGUUUGCCUGGUCACUCUGGGACUCGGGUCUAGUUUGACGUACCUACCCUCCCUUCCCAGGGCUCUGAGACAAGGUCUUCCAGCAGGUAGGAACUUUUCACAUGUCAGGACUGCACUGAACUAAAGGCUAAAAACUGGCUUUUUAAAAAAAAGAUUUAUUUAUUUAUGCAUACAGAACUGGGGUACAGACUAGA